AUGUCCCAGUUCAACUUGUGCGCUUCUUACUCUGAUGAGAAUAAGGCAGAGUUCAUUGUGGACGCGGUCCUCUUCGACAUGGACGGCACGUUAAUCGACUCUAUUCCAGCUAUCGAAUCUGCUUGGGCUGCCGUUGCCAAAAAGAUCAACCGAGAUCCCCAAGAAGUCAUUGACGAGACUCACGGCCGCCGGGUCAUGGAUAACUUGAGAGACUUGAAACCGGACUUGCGUCGAAAGUCAGACGUUGAAAUGGCGCCCCAUGUCAAAGAAUUUGAACUCGAAGUCCUCCGUCAAGCAGAUGAAUAUGAGCAAGAAGUCAAGAGCAGGAAAUCUAGUGCUGCUUCAAGUAGAAGAGCCAGUAGAAAAAGUUCAAUGUCGGCUAAUGCGACUAAUAAACCACGAACCAAGUCUGGCCUCAGUCAAAGCAUCACCGGAGAAUCGGUAACCAAUCGAAUGAAGGCUUUGGGCAUCGUACCAAUGGCUAAAAUCGAAAAAGACUCGGAAGGAAACUCCGCGCAAGAGGACGCCAAGAACAUGGUGAAUGAUGAUAACGCCGUUUUUGAAGACGACGACGAACAGGACAUCGAAGUGGAUGUCUCUGAUUUAGUUGAUCGUUCCGUCAGAAUUUUACCCGGUGUUCGGAACUUUACGAACGCCUUGCCCACCGAUCGCUGGGCAAUCGCCACUUCUGCAGCAAUCACUCACUGUCAUGGAGCCCUAGAGAGGGUUGGUAUCAACUUGCCAAAGGUCACCGUGACCGCAGAUGACCCGGAACUCAAGAGGGGAAAACCAUUUCCCGAUCCUUUUCAAUUGGCUGCCACCAGAUUGGGUUUUGAUGCGAAAAAUUGCUUGGUGGUUGAAGAUUCUCCCUUUGGGAUUCAAGCAGGUGUUGCUACCGGUGGCAAGACCAUCGCCGUCGGAACCUCGCAUCCACACGAAAAAAUUUCACACUGCGGUUCGACCUGGUUACUUCCCACUCUUGAAUUGGUCAAAGUAGAAGUGUUGCCUGAUGGACGGAUCAAAAUCAAAGUCGACGCGACAAAAGAAGAGGUUGAAAAGGCCCAUUCCGAGGCUGUCGUCACGACACAACCUCCCAAGUACACCCCUACUGCCUGUGCUUAG